UUGCGAGCCGGUGGCGCGGCCGCCGCGCCCCGCCCCUUUGGAACGUUGCGAGCAGGUGGCGCGGCCACGGCGGCCCACGUGAGCGCCCGGCGUGGGCGGGGGGGACGUGGGGUUUAGGGGUUGUUUUUUUUUUCCGGAUUUGUGGGGUUCAUUGGUCCUCGCAUUCCCCCCCCCCCCGCUUCUUAAGGGGGUCCUGGCUCGCCAGCCCCUGGGAAGGCGGAGGGGGGGGAGCAGGCUGGUAUCUGGGUAUAACGCCCAGAGGGGGAUUUCUGAAGGGGGGGGGAUUUUUUGCCUUGGCUUUUUCGGGGGAGCAGCGGAGGCUGAUGUGAUGCUCGGCCAGUGAGCCCCAUGCCGGUGGUGCACCCCGAACCCCCUGACGGGGGCUGGGGCUGGAUGGUAGUGCUGGCUGCCUUCUUCCAGUCAGCGCUGGUUUUCGGGGUGAUCCGCUCCUUCGGCGUCUUCUUCAUGGAGUUUGUGGGGUACUUCGGGGAGCUGGCGGGGCAGGUCUCCUGGAUCACCUCCAUCGGGAUCGCCGUCCAGCAGUUCGCUAGUCCAGUGGGCAGCGCCCUCAGCACCCAGUAUGGCGCCCGCCCCGUGGUGAUGGCCGGGGGCAUCCUCUCGGGGCUGGGCAUGCUCCUGGCAUCCUUCGCCACCAGCCUGACCCACCUGUACCUGAGCAUCGGGCUGCUCUCAGGCUUCGGGUGGGCCUUGGUCUUCACGCCCUCCGUGGCCUCGGUGGCCCGUUACUUCAAGAAGCGCCGGACGUUUGCCACGGGCUUGGCCUUCACGGGCGUGGGCUUGUCCUCCUUCGCCUUCUCCCCGCUCUUCCAGCUGCUGGUGGACACCUAUGCCUGGCGGGGGGCCCUCCUGGUGGUGGCCGGCAUGUCCUUCAACCUGGUGGUGUGCGGUGCCCUCAUCCGCCCCCUGACCCUCAAGGAGGACCUGGCCAGCCCCGGGGACCCUGGCGGGAGCUGCCUGGGGAAGCUUUCCACCCUCUUUGGCCUGUCUUUGCUCUUCCACUGGCCCUUCAUGAGGUUCGUCUUGGCCGUGACCUUGAUCAACACCGGCUACUUCAUUCCCUACAUCCACUUGGUGGCCCGGGCCCGGGAGCUGGGCUUCGACGAGUACCAGGCUGCCUUCCUUAUGUCCGUGGCGGCCAUGGCUGACCUGUGUGGCCGCCUCCUCUCGGGUUGGCUGGCCGAUUGCCGGGUUUUCCACCUUGGCCACAUCUUGGUGGCCUGGACCUCCCUGACUGGCAUUUCCUUGGCGCUGGUGCCUCUGGGGCGCAGCUACCCGCUGCUGAUGGCCAUCGGCGUCUGCUACGGGUUCUUCUCCGGGGCGCUCACCCCCGUGGUCUUUUCCAUCCUGCCGGAAAUCGUGGGCAUCGGGCAGAUUUUCGGCUCAAUGGGGCUGCUGCAGAUGAUGGAGAGCAUCGGUGGGCUUCUGGGAGCGCCAUUCUCUGGUUGGCUGCGGGACAUGACUGGGGAUUAUACAGCCUCUUUCCUGGCAGCUGGGGCUUUCCUCUUGGCCGGGAGCCUGGUUUUGGUCACUCUGCCCAACUUCUUCUCCUGCCUAGACUCCUCCCCUGCUGCCUGCCAUGGCACCAAGGUGGAGGCUGGGGCAGAGCCAGCCGCACUGACAACGGCCUCUGGGGAACUUUACUCUCAGGACAGAGACUAGCCAUCCAGAAGCCAAGAUCUCAGAGAGCCGGCGUGACUGCAAGGGGGUGGUGGCAGUGGCUGGGUGAAGGGGGGAACCAAGGAAGGACAGCUCUUUUGGGGCCCCUCAAUCCAUUAUCACAGCCUGGGGCUUCUCCUCCCCUCCCUGGGUCCAAUCCCCUGUUUGUAUCCUCUGAUCCCUGGAGCGAACUCCUUGACUGGGACCAGGUUCUGGAAGAGCUAAUGCGGUCAGGGCGUAGAUUCCAGCCUGGGGAGGGGUCCUAGAGUUUUGCCUCUCUUCUUACCUACCAUCCCCUUCAAUAUCUCCACCGAGAAGGAUGCUCCUUCACAGAAAUAAGCCACAGAAAUACCCUUGCCCUCCUGGGUUCUCCGCCGGUCCUCCCAUGGGCUCCAACCUCCCAGAAGCCUGCUGGAAGCUUAGGGCCCAUUGUGGAGGUCCAUAAUUUGGGGAGGAUGCUGAGGAAGCGGGGGAGGGUUCAGUCUAUAAAGACUCCAGCGAGGAGCAGAAAUUGGAUCAGAGUCUGGGUCUAACACAAAGAACAUUUUAUAAAGUGGGGCGGAGGACCGGGCCACUGCGUUCAUUUGGGGAAACCCUGUAUACACCAUCAAUGGCAGAUGUAUGCAGACAGGAAAUAAAAGGCCCACUCUCAUAAUAUCGUGCGGUAGGCCCCUGCCUCAGUUUCCCCACUUGCUGCUGUGAAUGGCUGGCAGGAAAUGGACACCCAGCUUUGCACCCCACUUCGGGGGCGGGAGGUUAGUGAUGUCCCAGAAAUGCAGUUAUGGGUGUAAAGGCCCCCCUCCCGGAUUUAUGGAUUUUGUGCAGCUAGAUGUGUAAUUAGACGGGUAUGGCUAGGGAAGGGGGGGGUCUCAUCUGGCGUAGUUUAACCCCCCCUUAAUGCUAAUUUAAAGGGGGGAGGGAGUUGUUUAGCGAAAUGAGGUUUUUUUUGGGGGGUGGGGAACAAAAGCAGUGGUUUCGAGUGCCACCUGUUUUGGAACAGAGCUGUGUUUGGGGGGAAUUAAAACGAGCCAAUUCCUCUAACGGGCGUCUGAGUUCCUGGUCCCCUAACCAGCGCGUGAGAGGAAGGGGCCCAAGUGGGUGACUUCAGCUUGGAAGUGGCCACAAUGCCCGCUGGGCAGGAGGGCCAAAGGUUGAAAGUGCCUCACUGAAGCAAAGUGGGCUUGAAAGUUCAUCUUGAGUUUUCUCAGAUUGAAAUGAACAGGUCUCUUCACAGCGGGGUGGGGGGGACGACAGCAGGGAGGGUGAAUAUUAAUGGAGUAAGAAGGGAGGUUUCUCCAAGGAUUGGGCAAAACAGCUUGGGGUAGGUUUGCAGAGUGGGGGAAAGUAAACAAGAAAAGGGAUUAAUUUAGGUAUGGUGCAGACCUGGUGAUGGAACCCAGGAGUCCUGGCUCCCGGCCCCGGCCCCGGCCCCUGCCCCUGCUCUAACCCACCAGACCCCACUCCGCUCCCAGAACUAUCCUGUCCUUGGGAGUUUGCCCUGGGCUCCCCCUGUGAUCCUGGCCCCUGUCCAUUGUCUGGGGCAUUGCCCAUACCCUUUGUAAUUCAGCCUUUCCCAGGCUCUUUGGAGGCGGCUGGUUAUCCAGGGACGCCUCGCCCGGCACUGAGUUGCAGCCACCUCUGAGGCAGGGCGGCCGGUUAUAUGGGGACACCUUGCCCAGUGCUGAGAUGUGGCCACCUCUGGAGCGUGGUGGCUGGUUAUACAGGGAUGCCUGGAAGCUGCAUAGAAACUUUUUAAAGACACCAUUUUAGGGGCUCCAUUGAAAGGCAUACCCCCAAAUU